UUUACAUUUAAAUUGUUGACUUUCAAAUUCAAUCACAGUGAGAGAACGUCAUCGAGCGAGCGAUUACUUAGUGAGAGACUUUCACAAACAUUCACAAUUUACACAGAAUACUUUCUUUUCACACAACACACACCAAACUUUUUUACACAACACACACACCACACUUUUUAAACACCACACAUUAUUUUUUUUUUUUUACAAAUAUUACUUUUCACACGAGGAACAUCACACCAUCAAGUUUGGAAAAUGUCCCAGCCUGAAGAAACAGUGCUCCAUGUGCCUGUCGCUUAUACACCUGUCUUUGAAGAUGUCCCGGUCAACAUCUGUCCCGUGUACUACCCCGAGUACACAGCCAUGUACUACCCCGAGUACAACCCAGAGUACAACCCCAUGUACUACCCGGUGUACAACCCCGAGUUUAACCCCGAGUUCAACCCUGAGUACACGGCCAUGUACUACCCCGUGUACAACCCGGAGUUCAACCCAGUGUACUACCCCGAGUUCAGCCCGGUGUAUUUCCAAAUCCUGCCACCCGAGUUCUGCCCCCAACCCCCAACAGAGGAGACUGUUGGAGAAGAAUGCUUCCUCCCAUCUCCCCAGCAUCCUCAGAACCACCAGCAAAUUCUGCCCAAAAGGACGGGCACACUGAUUACAAAUCAGGGCCCCAAUAACGGUGGCCGAGACGUUAUGAUCAACGAGCUUCUGGGAGGAGCAGCCAUGUAUCAACCAGAGAACGUGUUUCCACACGAGAACGUGUCUGUACCCCAACAUGUGUCUCCCCCUGAAUCUGCGUCUCCCCCUGAAACGGCGUCUCCACCAGAAACCGCAUCUCCCCCUGAAACAGUGUCUCCCCCUGAAACGGCGUCUCCACCUGAAACCGCAUCUCCCCCUGAAACCGCGUCUCCCCCUGAAACCGCGCCUUCCCCUGAAACGGCAUCUCCACCUGAAACCGCUUCUCCACCUGAAGCGGUGUCUCCACCUGAAACGGCAUCUACCCCUGAGAACAUGUCUCAUCCAGAGCCUGUGCAGACAGAUACUGCAAACACAAGGUCCCAGCCUGAAGAAACAGUGCUCCAUGUGCCUGUCGCUUAUACACCUGUCUUUGAAGAUGUCCCGGUCAACAUCUGUCCCGUGUACUACCCCGAGUACAACCCUGUGUACUACCAAAUCCUGCCACCCGAAUUCUGCCCCCAACCCCCAACAGUGGAGACUGUUGGAGAACAAUGCUUCCUCCCAUCUCCACAGCAUCCUCCGAACCACCAGCAAAUUCUGCCCAAAAGGACAGGCACACUGAUUACAAAUCAGGACCCCAAUGACGGUGGGCGAGACGUUAUGAUCAACGAGCUUCUGGGAGGAGCAGCCAUGUAUCGACCAGAGAACGUGUUUCCACCCGAGAACGUGUCUGUACCCCAACACGUGUUUCCACACAAACACAAACCCACCUACGACACACCAAACACAAAGGGAGUUGAACUGUUCAUUAGAGGUUUGGACUCCAUUGAUGAGCAGCGCCUCUAUAAGGAGUUCCGCCCUUUUGGGAAUAUCAUCAGAAUUAAGCUUAUAAAGGCAAAAGGGUACGGAUACAUCAAAUAUUUCUCUGAAGCUGAAGCCAGAACGGCUAUCAGGGAGAUGAACGGGAAGAUUGUGGGAGCGGACCGGCUGAACGUUACUCUGAACAAAACAAAAACAGAACGAGCAGAGGAGAAGAUGAGACGUGACUGGAACAGAAGCAAGUGGCAGAAUCAUAACAAAGGCUCGAAGUUGUUCUGGAAAUGGACAUAAAGAACAAUAAUAAGAAUAAAUAAAGGUACAUCUUCUAAAUGUCACACAAAUUUUCUGAGUUUUUAAUCACAGUAAAUAAAUGUUGGUGUAAACGCCUCACGCAGCAGCAGUAAAAGUGCUGUAAAAUAAUCAGCUCUAAAAUUCCACCUCAAUAAAAUACAAUUAGUAAUUAACCCUCCGGUCUCGGGGUCCAUUUGACCCGGUUUUAAAGAGUUAAUUUGACAUAACUUGGGUUGACUUCCAUAUACUUGCCUAAAAAUCACCAGGAUUGUUCCAAAUUAUGCACUGUCCAAGUAAAAUUACUAAUAUCUAUUUUUGUUGACUUGUAUGUUCAUAAAAUAAUUUAGCAACACCUGUGUUCCUCCCUCCGGUCACAUUCAGUGGGGCAAUGGGUUACACUCUUGCUGCUAUAACACUGUGUUCAUUCUAGUAUUACUGCACACGCAAUAUUGUUGGACAUACAGUAUUUACACUGGUCGGCGCCGUUUCUGUAUUCUUUUUUGUAUUGUCUUGUAAAAUUUUGUCUACACUGUCUUUUGUCCUGCACUGUCUUGUCUCCCUAGCGGUUCUAGGGGGGCCCAGGGGAUGCAAGUGCCCCUGUGACAACAAGCUUGGACCCCCUUGUGGCCACCCUAAAUGUGGAGUGUGAAAUAUUUUUUACAAAACUUUUUCGUUUUGUUUUUUUGUGAUAGUUGUUUUUUUUACAUCUGUUAUUAGACAGUGGCUAUUAUUAAACAUGCAUCUGCAGUUG